AUGACCAACAUUCUCGCUUUCCUCACCGUGUUUGCCACCGUGGCCAGUGCGACCGCAAACCAAAACGACAACCACGAGCUCGAUGCGGCCACGGAGGCGUGCUUGAGGGCAAGGCGUUCACUCGAUGGCGAAGAGCCGCAAUUAUGCGACGCCGACCAAGAUUACCUGGGUUCUAGUUGCUACGACAAGUGUCCAUCCGGCACGACCCGCGUUGGCUACGGCUGCGUUUCGAAUUGCCCCCCUGAGUUCACGGACAAGGGAAGGACGUGCUUGAAGAAGGGUGAAUACAGCCGGGGGGUUGGGUACCCGUGGAAGUUUGGCGACACCUUCUUUGAUUCCACAGGCAUGUUCCAACGCUGCGAAAACGACUACGGGGAGGGCAAUUGCGAAUGGUAUGGCGCGGUUGUGUACCCUAAGUGCUCGCCGGGCUUCACUGCCGUUGAGUGUUGUGAUUGUCACCCCCCCCUCCCCGACUGCAAGUCCUUUGGCUUGCUUCCCGUGGAAGGCUUGUUGUGUCGCAAGAAAGUGAUCCCUUUGAAAUCUUAUUCCCCCAAGUGCCGUCCCUACGAGGAUCUCGUUCGAGGCCGUUGCUUCCCCAAGUGCAGGCCCUGGUACACUCCUGGUCUACCAGUUUAG